AUGGAGCGCGAAGGCGACCAGGCAGGACGCGGGCCCCGGCACGGCCCGGCGGGGAACGGCCGCGAGCCGGAAUCGUCAGCCGCAGCCACGCUGCUGGCACCCAUGGACCUAGGGGAGGAGCCGCUGGAGAAGGCGGAGCGCGGCCGCACAGCCAAGGACCCCAACACCUACAAAGUGCUGUCGCUGGUUUUGUCAGUAUGUGUGCUAACAACGAUUCUUGGUUGUAUAUUUGGAUUGAAACCAAGCUGUUCUAAAGAAGUGAAAAGCUGCAAAGGUCGCUGCUAUGAGAGGACGUUCAGCAACUGUCGCUGUGACAGCGCCUGUGUCAGCCUUGGGAACUGCUGUCUGGAUUACCAGGAAACCUGUGUGGACCCAAUGCACAUAUGGACUUGCAACAAAUUCAGGUGCGGUGAGAAGAGAUUGUCCAGGUUCGUGUGUUCUUGUUCAGAUGACUGCGAGGCUCAAAAUGACUGCUGCAUCAACUACAGCUCUGUGUGCAAAGAGAAGAAAAGUUGGGUAGAAGAAGCAUGUGAAAACAUCGAUACUCCGCAGUGUCCAGCAGAGUUUGACUCACCUCCUACUCUCUUAUUUUCCUUGGAUGGAUUCAGAGCUGAAUAUUUACACACCUGGGGUGGACUUCUUCCUGUUAUUAGCAAGCUGAAAAACUGUGGAACAUACACUAAACACAUGAGGCCUGUAUACCCUACAAAAACGUUUCCCAAUCAUUACAGCAUCGUCACAGGACUUUACCCAGAAUCCCACGGCAUAAUUGACAACAAGAUGUAUGACCCCCAAAUGAAUGCUUCUUUCUCACUUAAAAGUAAAGAGAAAUUCAACCCUUUGUGGUACAAAGGACAACCGAUUUGGGUCACAGCUAAUCAUCAGCAGGUCAGGUCUGGCACAUACUUCUGGCCUGGAUCAGAUGUGGAAAUUGAUGGAAUUCUUCCGGAUAUCUACAAAGUGUAUAAUGGGUCAGUACCCUUUGAAGAAAGAAUUUUAGCUGUUCUCAAGUGGCUGCAGCUUCCUAGCUAUGAAAGACCACACUUUUACACUCUGUAUUUAGAAGAACCGGACUCCUCAGGGCAUUCACACGGACCUGUCAGCAGUGAGGUCAUCAAGGCCUUGCAGAAGGUUGACCGGAUGGUCGGCAUGCUGAUGGACGGCCUGAAGGACCUGAGCCUGGAUAAGUGCCUGAACCUCAUCCUCAUCUCAGACCAUGGUAUGGAACAAGGCAGUUGUAAGAAGUACGUGUACCUGAAUAAGUAUCUGGGGGAUGUGAACAAUGUCAAGGUUGUUUAUGGACCUGCUGCCCGCCUGAGACCCACUGAUGUCCCAGAGAAAUACUACACAUUUAAUUACGAGGGCCUCGCAAAAAAUCUUUCUUGCCGGGAGCCAAACCAACACUUUAGGCCUUACCUGAAACACCUGCUCCCCAAGCGUUUGCACUUCGCCAAAAGCGACAGGAUCGAGCCGCUGACCUUCUAUUUGGACUCCCAGUGGCAGCUUGCAUUGAAUCCAUCAGAAAGGAAAUACUGUGGAAGUGGAUUUCAUGGCUCUGACAAUCUCUUUCCAAAUAUGCAAGCUCUCUUCAUUGGCUAUGGACCUGCAUUUAAACACGGCACUGAAGUGGAAUCCUUUGAAAAUAUUGAAGUCUAUAACUUAAUGUGCGAUUUAUUAGGGUUGAUCCCAGCUCCUAAUAAUGGAAGCCAUGGAAGCCUUAAUCACCUUCUAAAGAAACCUAUUUACAACCCAAGUCUUCCCCAAGAAGAGAGCUCCCCGGAUCAGUGUUCAAUCAAGUCACCAUCAAAUAACCUCGGCUGCACGUGCAACUCCUCGGUGAUUGUGCCAAUUGUGGACUUUCAACAACAGUUUAAUCUGACCAUGGAAGAUGCGGAGGAUGUUGACUCCACCACUGCACCGUAUGGAAGGCCCCGGUUCCUGCAGAAGAAACACAGCAUCUGUCUUCUUUACCAUCAGCAGUUUGUGAGUGGAUACAGCCAGGACUUCCUCCUGCCGCUGUGGACAUCUUACACCUUCCUCAGCAAUGACUAUCUCUCGAUGGAUAACUUUUCCAACUGCUUAUACCAGGACCCUCGGAUCCCACUUAGUCCCCUCCACAAGUGUUCCUUUUAUAAAAGCAAUUUAAAGCUAACAUAUGGCUUCCUCGCACCACCAAGACUAAAUAAAAAUUCCAAUCAAAUAUAUUCUGAAGCAUUGCUUACUUCUAAUAUGGUGCCUAUGUAUCAGAGUUUCCAAGUUAUAUGGCAGUACCUCCAUGACACCCUGCUGCAAGGGUACGCCAAAGAGAGGAACGGCAUCAGUGUUGUCAGCGGUCCCGUGUUUGACUUUGAUUAUGAUGGACGCUAUGAUUCCUUAGAGACCCUGAAACAGAACAUCAAAGUCCUCCGUAGUCAAGAAGUUCUGGUUCCAACUCACUUCUUCCUUGUGCUCACCUGCUGCAAACAGUCGUCUCAGGUUCUCACGGAAUGCACAGACUUGGAUGCUUCAGCCUUCAUCUUGCCUCAUCGGCCAGAUCACACCGAGAGCUGUAUACGAGGGAAGCAGGAAUCUUCAUGGAUUGAAGAGUUGCUGACAUUGCACAGAGCGCGGGUCAAAGAUGUUGAGCUCAUCACGGGACUCAGUUUCUACCAUGAACUACAAGAGUCGGUUUCAGACCUGUUGAGGUUGAAAACAUAUUUGCCGAUCUUUAGUCAAGAAGACUGAUUUUUUUUUAAUUAAAAAAUGCACCAUAAACCUUUUUGAGAGAAUCUUAUAUUUUAUACAGUCCUCUAUACUUUCGCAUUGUUUGGAAGCUGUCAAGUGGAGUUAAAACGGGGCAUCCUUUGUGAUGCCUAUUGUGGACCAUGCGACACUCAGCAUGUGUGACACUCGACAUGUCAGCAGGGUGCUCCCAUCCUGUGGCAUGCAGAUCUCCUGCCUAAGGAAUAAAUGCAUUAUGAACACACUUCACUUCACAUGUGGAAGUGCUCUUGGGACUCUCGUAAGGGAGAAGGGACUGUGAACGUGGUCUGGGGACCUGACGUUGGAAUCUCGUUAUUUGUAAUAAAACUAAGUAACAGACUGGGGUACUCCAUGUCACAUGAAAAUUUAGAAAGCGGUUCUGGAUUAAGUUUAAUUUGGAGUUCCAGUUUUAACUAAAAAUUUUUAGGAUCCCAUUUCUGUCUCCCUUCCAAAAGCCAAAUCAUGAAUCCUGUGCUUCUAAAGCAAGUUGUGAUUGGAUCUCUUCAGAUUGAGUGAGUUUUACAAAUUGGACUUUGGUGGAAAAUUUGUGAGUUGAAUAUAUCUAGCUAUCAUAAAAACUGGACUUCACAUUUGUACAUGCACAAAAAAGUUCCUAUUGGCUUCACUAGAAAUAAAUAUUGAAAACAGCCCUGAAAGUGGCUCUCUUGGGCCAUUCGAAAUUGGGCUUUAUUUGGGUGAAACUUCAGAGAACUCCCUGGCACUUGUGCAGUGACAUUUUUCAUGGAGAAGAGUGUUUUCCUCUGCACGAGGGACCCCAUCAGUGGGAGAAGGGCUUGGCCUGGCUCAGCUCUAGGGGUUGAGGCUAUGUGGAUCUGAAGAGUAUUUUUCACCCAUCACUUAGCAUCCUCACUGUGGACCUGACAACCCAGUGAAGGUGAUUUCUCCUCUGCAUUGAUUGUGCCCUUGCUCCAACCUGUGAACUUUCAAAGGCUAUGUUAAAUCGUAGGUUUCCUGGGUCCACUUUGGUCUAAUAUUAGUCUACCAAAGAUUUUCAUACAUCCUUCAUAGGAUAAUCAUUCUUU